CCUUACUGGUUAUGUGUGUUUGAAGGAGCGCUGGUUCCGUGUGCAGGUGGACACGGUGUGACAGGCUAAACCUAAAAUAACUGGAUUUCUUUUAUCCGCUUGUACAAUGAAGAAAGAAUGAUUAAAGUCUGCAGUGUGAGUUCUAGAUUGUGGCGGCAGUCAGCGUUUUGUUAACCUUCUUGUUCCCAGGAAUUUCGUUACCUCAUAAGUUUUAACAAUGGACCCAAUAACCAGUUGGACACCUAAGCAGGUAGUCGACUGGAUGAGAGGCCUUGACGAAAGUCUUCAGCAGUAUGUGGCCAACUUUGAGAUAGAGAAGAUCAGUGGAGAGCAGCUGCUGAAGAUCUCCCACCAGGACCUGGAGGAGCUCGGCGUGAACCGCAUUGGUCACCAGGAACUGGUCCUGGAGGCUGUGGACUUGCUCUGUGCACUGAACUAUGGUGUGGAGACCGACAACCUAAAGAACCUGGUUGUGAGAAUGAGAGCAGCAACUAACAACCUACACAUUGGCACGUCGGAGCGCAGGAGGAGCCCUGACUAUGAUGGCCUCAACUCCUGCAAGCCCCCCAACGAGUUCCUCACGUCUGUGGUGGAGCUCAUCAGUGCUGCUAAAAGCCUUCUGAUGUGGCUGGACAGGACCCCUUUGACUGGGAUCAGCGACUUCACCACCACCAAGAACAAGAUCAUCCAGUUGUGCUUGGAGCUGACCACCACGGUCCAGCAGGAUUGCACUGUUUAUGACAUGGAGGAAAAGAUUCUUGAAGUUUCCAAGGUGUUGAAUGGUAUCUGUGAUCACACCAUGCGAGCGACCUCCGACCCUCUGCCGAGCCAAUCAGCAUGUCUGGAGGAAGUGCACCUGACCAACAUCAAGGCAGGAGAAGGCCUGGGGAUGUACAUCAAAUCCACCUAUGAUGGACUUCAUGUCAUUACUGGCACUACUGAGCACUCUCCUGCAGACAUAUGCCGCAAGAUCCAUGCUGGUGAUGAGGUGAUCCAGGUGAACCAGCAGACAGUGGUGGGCUGGCAGCUGAAGAACCUGGUGGUCAAGCUGAGGGAGGACCCCAAGGGAGUGACGCUGCUACUGAAGAAGAGGGCAGCAGGCAUGCCUGGCUUCACCCCCGCACCGCUCAAAAACAUGCGUUGGAAACCCCCGCAGUCACAGGGCUCCCCAAGUAAGAGCCAGCCGCCCGGCAUUGGCACUGAAUCGAACAGCCGGAAGGAGAAACCAGCCAUCUUGGACCUGUACAUCCCCCCACCGCCAUCAGUGCCCUACACACCACGAGAAGCGAGGACAGCCUCCUUCAGCAGCAUUGCCAGGAGAGCCAAAGGCUCCGACUCACCUAACUCCUUCCUGGAUCUGGAGAGUCACCGACGUUUCACCAUUGCCGACGCCGACCGGCUGCCCGCCUAUCCAGUGGAAGCCAACGUGGUGCAUGCUCGCCUGAGGGAAAGGAGCUCCUCGCGAGGUAAGCCAAGGCCUCUCUCCAUGCCGGUGGACACGUGUCUGAGCGUGACAGACCCGUACCCCAGGCCCUGGAUUCAAGGACGGAAAGGCGAGGAUCUCUUGUACCGAUACCUCAGCAACGAGCGCAUACCCACUAUAGCUGAGGAGGUCCCCAGCGCGGACCACUCCCACAGGGCGAGGGCGGGGAGGGGCGCACGGGGCCCAGACCACAUGCGCGCUAGCCGGCUACUCGUCGGCACAGACCUGCACAGCAGCUCUACCAUCCCAUAUCAGGAGGACUUUGCUAAAAAGACCCCUAUGACCUCCACCCCAAAAAGACCCCCAGCGGAACCCUCCCUACUGGAUCCUGACUGGACCUCCAACAGUGCAUUUAUCAGCAGGUUCAGCGCCUCAGCAGUCCGAUCCUGGUCAUUCUCUCAAGCGGCCUCCUUCCCCAUUUCACUAGCCCCUCGAUUGGCUGCUGAUGAAUACAACCCUGUGUCGCUGAGGCACAAGUCAAAGAAGAAGACUCGAGGAGGCAAUGCAGCAAUGAGUAGGCGGAGAGUGUCGGUGAAGGAGCUGGACCCGGCUGACCACCAGGGCUGGCUCUACCGAAAGAACGAGAGCAAGGUGUUCCUGGGAAUUAAAUGGAAGAAGUACUGGUUUGUUCUGAAGAAAACCUCACUCUACUGGUACACCAACCAGAUGGCUGAGAAAGCAGACGGGUACAUUAACUUGACUGAUUUUCUGAUUGAUCGGGCAAUGGAGUGCAAAAAGAAGUAUGCUUUCAAAGCAUGCCACCCAAAUCUCAUGAUGUUCUACUUUGCUGCUGAGAACAACGAGGAGAUGAACACAUGGUUGAACAAACUUGGUCUUGCAGCCAUUCAGUAUGAGCCUGCGCCAAGCCAUCAGGCGGAAUGCUACAGUGAGGCAAGCGAUGGUGAGGAGGUGGAGUCAACUGAGGCCCCACCUCCACCUUACUCUGAGCAGCUCACCAAAGGCCCAAUGAAUACGGACAGCCCUGGACGUCCAGGGAGCCUCCCUCCUCCAUACUCAUCUCCGGUUCCCAGCGAAGCCACUCCCGUCAGCACCGUGACCUCCCGUGGCUCCACCUCCUCUCUGGCCAAGCGCCGCCUGUCCUGGAUGGACCUGGUCUCCCAGGCUAGCCCUGCCUCUGCUACAGAGGCCCUGACCUGUUCCGCUCAAGUCCAUGCUCAGGGAGAUGCCCCAGAGGAGGCCCCACAGUCUUGGGGCCCUCAGGCAAUGGAGCACCAGCAGGAUCAGUCAGCCAACAGUCUGACCACGCACAACUCCUAUGGUGAGGAAAGUGCAGCUGAUGAAAUGGAGAAAUUGUACAGAGAUUUGAAAAAGGCUAGCCUGUCUCCCACUGGUGAACGGAGGCCAACAUCCAGACGCGAGUUCAGAGCGUCCUUCAUAAAGCGCUGCAAAAACAACACAGUCAAUGACAAGCUGCACCUCAUCAGAGCCCUCAACAGCACACUGAAGGCUAAGGAGGCAGAUGUGCUAACUCUGGACCAGGUGCUGAUUGACCCGUCCCUUACUGCCAGCAAAUACAGACGGUGGAAGGAGAGCAACGUGGUGUUGCUGCAGGAGAUUCAUCUGCACCAGCCCCCUCAGUCCGUGCCCCCUGAGGCCCCUGCCCUAACAGCUGCAGCAACCCCACUGACAGAGACCAGUGUGUAAGCAGCACGCAGGCGUCAUACCUGAUUAUUCACAGAGACAUGUUCAUGAAGACACUGUCAGACUGAAAUGAAGUUUAUUGCAGCACAGCAUUAUUGAUGGCUUAAGAGUUUUAACAUUUCCUCUCAGGUAUUUUUCCCAAAACACAAAUCAUGUUUUAAAGCUGGAACUGUCCCAUUUAUUAUUUAUUUGUUUAUUUUGUUUUUGGUUUUUGUUUUGUUUAGUUUUUUCUUUCUUAAGUGUUAUUUCCCUUAGUAUCAGUGUCUACGAAAAAGGUUUGGAGUCAGUUUGCAUGGCUCAUUUCCACUUCACAUUAUAGGGGGCAUUUUUGGACAAUUCCUUUUCUGUCCAUAAGGAUGCAUACCAUAACUUUACUAUGCUGUAAAAGUCUGUCUGUCUGCAGCAUAACUUUCUAAUAUUGUAAUGUUUCAGUUAGCAAUUAAUAUCCUUUAACUAAUUGCCAUAGUGGAGAUUAGAGCUAAUUUGUUGUGCCAUGAUGUGCAAAAACAUCACUAACAUUGUGAAACAUUGCACACAAAACAUGAAACUUGAUAGAUGCUGUUAACAUUUAGUCUCUUGACACAAAGGGUGUUACAAUUCUGUGAUCUACAGUUUGUAUAGUUUUUUUUUUCUUUGUUGCUUUUGUAUUUGGGUGUAAAUAGAUAUUUUAGUGAAUGAACUGAUUUAAAACCAUGUACAGUAGAUUUUGGUUCUUUGGUUCUACUGGCUGUGCUGUUUCUAGUGAAAUAGGAAAAUAAACACUUGAUCGAAAUACCA